GAAUAUAAGGGGGCGGGGGCGGCCCCGGCCAGGUCGCUGCGUGCUGCGUUCUCCGGAGUGGCUGCGAUGUCUGGGCGCGGGAAGCAGGGCGGGAAGGCGCGGGCCAAGGCCAAGUCGCGCUCGUCGCGGGCCGGGCUGCAGUUCCCCGUGGGCCGCGUGCACCGGCUGCUGCGCAAGGGCAACUACGCGGAGCGGGUGGGCGCCGGCGCCCCGGUGUACCUGGCGGCCGUGCUGGAGUACCUGACGGCCGAGAUCCUGGAGCUGGCGGGCAACGCGGCCCGCGACAACAAGAAGACGCGCAUCAUCCCCCGCCACCUGCAGCUGGCCAUCCGCAACGACGAGGAGCUCAACAAGCUGCUGGGCAAGGUCACCAUCGCGCAGGGCGGGGUGCUGCCCAACAUCCAGGCCGUGCUGCUGCCCAAGAAGACCGACAGCCACAAGGCGAAGGCCAAGUAAACACGUCUACAACAGAUCUGGAAACAACCCCAAAAGGCUCUUUUCAGAGCCACCCACAAAAUUCAUAAAGAGUUGAGUCAUACUUUGUAAUUUUGUUUUUUAUAAUGAAUGCUGAUGCAAAUGUGUAAGUUGUUUCAUGUUAGUGUUUGUCCUAACACUACCUGUCUGGGUGGUGAUAGUUACUUUUGUGACUUUUUAUUUUUUGGGUGGGGUGGGAGAACAGAUCUUUCAGGGUGUUAAGCUUUUGCAACAUAUCUUAGUACUUUGGUGUUGCUGUAAAGUCUCCAUAUGGCUGUAACUACAGGGUAAUACAUAAUAAAAUCAAUGCAUUAUUCUGUA